CGCUCUGCCUGUCGAUGCCCUCAUGCUCGAUCCCGUCACUUCAAACUGCUUCAAACAGGCGCACAGGGCAGUCUAUGUCCUGGUCAACUCACCCUCCCACGCUCCUGACCCAUUGACGACGUGAUCAUACACCAGAAUGCCUCAUCUCCCUGCAGCCCGCUCACUUCUCGCGGCAUCAAUCUUCCUCUGCAUCCUCUUGUGGCUCUUCAAGCUCAAGCUAGAUGAUCAUGCAGCUGUUGCACGCAUCGCCAAGUCGCCAUCAAACCUACUACCAUGCCUCACAAAGCCCAUAGUCUGGCAGCUCGACCAUCUUCAAGAAACCCAGCGCGAUCCAUUGAAUCGAUUACGCACCAUCGAAUACGGUCCUUUUGAUGGCGCAGUCCCCAGGGAAGUCUCAGUCAAUGAGCCGUUCAAGGUCCACUUUACUUGUCUAGAUAACAGUCUGUGUCCGGAAAGCUUCGCAGCACUCAUUGUAGGUCCUGCGCAACAUGCCUUUACCUCUUCAGCCAAUGCAUCACAGGUACAGAAACAGCAUACUUUCCAGAUCGCAGAGCCAGGCAUAUACAAAGUCUAUCUCUGGCCGCACUUUGGCACAAUCUGUGCAAAGUACUACGAUACGCCUGAUCCCUGGUAUGAGCGUCUUGCAACGGGAUCACCUUUCGCGCUACAUGUCACAGGCGGACAUCCUGUACGCGUGACGAGCUCGGCUUGUCGAAAUACAGAUGAUAUUCUUGAUGGUCGUUGGGUGAACACAGCCGAUCUGCAUAUGAGCGAGCUUGCCCAGCUUGGUCUCGACCCAUACGAAACAUACAUCAGGCAAGAUCGUGCUCAACUCGCACCAUACAUCUGGCUACCCUACACCUGUCACGUUCAACACCGCUCUAUGUACUCUCAUCUCGCACGUCUCAAAGCGAAACACAUCUUGGUUUUGGGGGAUAGUGUCAUGCGCGAUCCAUUCUGUCAGCUCAUUUACGAACCACAUGUCGAAAAUGUCACCGGGAGUCCCUGUGAUGCUAGCAUUGGCCAUGAUUAUCACUGGCUGACAAAGCAAGUCACAAUCCGCUAUGGCGAUUCACCAGAAGAUGAGACAUUGCUGUCCUUCGUCAUGGCCACCAAUGACUUUGGUGCAGAUGGAAAGGCACCACUAAAGGACGAGGAAGCAAGGAUCACGCCAACGCAUAUCAUCUGGAAUCAAGGACUCUGGUUUCAGCUUGCUAGGGCCUCCGCUGAGGUUGAAUAUGAGACAAUGACACGAACAAGUCGUCUACUGCUCUCACUUUACCCAGACGCGAGACACAUUAUACGUGGGACGACGUCCAUGCAUGAGAACAUUGCAUGCUACGAACAUCUCACUGGUAGAGACGCCUCCCUGCGCGAAUCAGACACCGCACGCCGCGUCUAUGAGGAAGAACGUAUUCGUUCUUCGCAUGCGCGCUUGGCAUUCAUGGAAACGUUCAAGUAUUCAGAUGCACGACCUGAUUCUAGUAAAGAUGGUCGUCACUAUUCUCGCGUUUCGUUUGCUGGUAUUGCAGAGGAUACGGUGUAUGCUCAACGACCGCGCAUUGGAGAAUUGGACAUGUGGUUCGUAGAUCUCAUGUUUGAGAUAUGGGCACAGGAUGUUUGACACUUGUGAGUGACUGUCAUCUGAGACACAUUCAGGGGUAUGACGCUUGUCGCAAAUUAUGAAAAGUCAGCUGCUUUAGGCGAUGAACAAAUACAGUCCCUUGCUGCUCCACUGGUUCAUGACAGUCCAUUUGUCCAAAACAUUAUCAUCAGCUUCUGCAGGCUGUUUGCACCAUGUGUCAGACCUACCUGGAGUUCGCAUCGCGUUCCCGUCGAGCCAGACUGACUAAUUCGAAGA